UGGGAGACCCACUAAUCCAUGCCCUGUAACUUGCCUGAUGUGUGAAACUGGACAAGUCACUUAAUUUCUGGGCCGUACGUCAUGAAAGGGUAAUCAUGGGCCAGUCCGGAAAGAAAUCUGAGAAGGGACCGGUUUGUUGGCGGAAGCGUGUAAAAUCAGAAUACAUGCGACUGAGACAACUCAAGAGGUUUAGACGAGCAGAUGAAGUAAAGAGUAUGUUUAAUUCUAAUCGUCAGAAGAUACUGGAAAGAACAGAAAUCUUAAAUCAAGAGUGGAAACAGCGAAGGAUACAGCCUGUACACAUCAUGACUUCUGUGAGCUCAUUGCGAGGGACCAGGGAGUGUUCUGUGACCAGUGACUUGGAUUUUCCAAAACAAGUUAUACCUUUAAAGACCUUAAAUGCUGUUGCUUCAGUGCCCAUAAUGUAUUCUUGGUCUCCUUUACAGCAGAAUUUUAUGGUGGAAGAUGAGACUGUUUUACAUAACAUUCCUUAUAUGGGGGAUGAGGUCCUUGAUCAAGAUGGAACAUUCAUUGAAGAACUAAUCAAAAAUUAUGAUGGAAAAGUGCAUGGAGAUAGAGAAUGUGGGUUUAUCAAUGACGAGAUUUUUGUGGAGCUGGUAAAUGCUCUUGGCCAAUACAGCGAUGAGGAUGAUGAUGAUGAUGAAGGAGAUGAUCCUGAUGAGCGAGAUGAAAAGCAAAAAGAUCAGGAGGACAAAAGAGAUGAUAAAGAGAGCCACCCACCCCGGAAGUUUCCUUCUGAUAAGAUUUUUGAAGCCAUUUCCUCAAUGUUUCCUGACAAGGGCACAGCGGAAGAAUUAAAGGAAAAAUACAAAGAACUAACCGAGCAGCAACUCCCCGGAGCACUUCCCCCUGAGUGUACACCAAACAUAGAUGGACCAAAUGCUAAAUCUGUACAGAGGGAGCAAAGCCUGCAUUCGUUUCACACCCUUUUCUGCAGGCGCUGCUUUAAAUAUGACUGCUUCUUACAUCGUAAGUGCAAUUAUUCAUUCCAUGCCACGCCCAACACUUAUAAGCGGAAGAACACAGAAACAGCACUAGAUAACAAGCCUUGUGGACCACACUGUUACCAGCAUCUGGAAGGGGCAAAAGAGUUUGCAGCUGCCCUGACUGCCGAACGGAUAAAGACCCCACCAAAACGCCCCGGGGGCCGCCGAAGAGGACGGCUUCCCAAUAACACCAGCAGACCCAGCACCCCAACAAUUAAUGUGCUGGAGUCAAAGGACACGGACAGCGACAGGGAAGCUGGAACUGAAACCGGCGGGGAGAAUAAUGAUAAAGAAGAGGAGGAGAAGAAAGAUGAAACCUCUAGUUCCUCUGAGGCAAACUCCAGGUGUCAAACGCCAAUAAAGAUGAAGCCAAAUAUUGAGCCUCCUGAAAAUGUGGAAUGGAGUGGUGCUGAAGCCUCAAUGUUCAGAGUUCUCAUUGGCACUUAUUACGACAACUUCUGUGCAAUUGCCAGGUUAAUAGGAACCAAAACCUGUAGGCAGGUCUAUGAAUUUAGAGUAAAGGAAUCCAGUAUUAUCGCUCCAGCUCCUGCUGAAGAUGUUGACACCCCUCCAAGAAAGAAGAAGAGGAAACACAGGUUGUGGGCUGCACACUGCCGAAAGAUACAACUGAAAAAGGAUGGCUCCUCCAAUCAUGUUUACAACUAUCAACCAUGUGAUCACCCGCGCCAGCCUUGUGACAGUUCAUGCCCAUGUGUAAUUGCUCAAAACUUUUGUGAGAAGUUUUGUCAGUGUAGCUCAGAAUGCCAAAACCGAUUUCCUGGGUGCCGUUGUAAAGCACAGUGUAACACUAAGCAGUGCCCGUGCUACCUUGCUGUUCGUGAGUGCGAUCCAGACCUCUGUCUAACAUGUGGGGCCGCUGAUCACUGGGACAGCAAAAACGUGUCCUGCAAGAACUGUAGCAUUCAGAGGGGCUCCAAAAAGCAUUUGCUGCUGGCACCUUCUGAUGUGGCAGGCUGGGGGAUCUUCAUCAAAGAUCCCGUACAGAAGAACGAAUUCAUCUCUGAGUACUGUGGUGAGAUUAUUUCUCAGGAUGAGGCAGACAGAAGAGGGAAGGUCUAUGAUAAGUACAUGUGCAGCUUUCUAUUCAACUUGAAUAAUGAUUUUGUGGUGGAUGCAACCCGGAAGGGUAACAAAAUCCGUUUUGCAAACCAUUCGGUGAAUCCCAACUGCUAUGCAAAAGUCAUGAUGGUCAAUGGUGAUCACAGAAUAGGGAUUUUUGCGAAGAGAGCCAUCCAGACUGGUGAAGAGCUGUUUUUUGACUACAGAUAUAGCCAGGCUGAUGCCCUUAAAUAUGUGGGCAUUGAAAGAGAGAUGGAAAUCCCUUGAUAUCAGCUACCUCCUCUUUUAAAACAGCUGCCUUAUCUUCAGGAAUUUCUAGUACUGUGGGCAAUUUUAGGGAAAAAAAAAUGCAAUUUAAAAUUCUGAAUUUGCAAAGUACUGUAAGAAUAAUUUAUAGUAAUGCGUUUAAAUUCAACUUUUUAUUGCCUUCUCACCAGCUGCAAAGUGUUUUGUACCAGUGAACUUUUGCAAUAAUGCGAUGUGGUACAUUUUUCAACCUUGAAUAAAGGAUACUUGAACUUC